AGCUGUCAAUCAAAUCUCGCCGCCAUGUCCAUGGUUCCCAUAGCGACGCGAAGAAUCGCUGGAAUAGGGCAUUUAUUCAGCUCUGACAAGGUAACAAGAUGGAUUUCACCUUCUCAGCUGACCAACUGCAAGCUUUGUCAAACCUGCUGUCCUGUUCAGAUCGAGAAGAGGAGGAACUGGAUGAGGAGCCUUGUGCAGGAGGUUUUGAACUGAACCCUGGGCAGAUUGGGCCACCUAAAGGAUCGAAUCCUACAGCUAAAGAAGAUUCCAAGCCUGAAAAACCUUCAAACCCCAAACAGAUCUGGGCAGAGGUUGAUAUGCCUGAGGGGUCAGAGUUUGAGGAUAUCUGGGAUCCAAGAAAACAGCCUGAAUAUGAGAUUUUGUUCAAACAACAAGUUGGCACAGAAGAUGUGUUUCUCGGCAUGAGCAGAAAGGAUAACUCCACAGCCUGCUGUGAAGACAUGGUGAUAAAAAUCAAGCUACCAGAUUGCAAACCAGCAGAUGUCACUCUGGACAUCAAAGAAUGCUUUCUUGCUCUUCGAUCGCCUGACUAUAGACUGGGAUUGCACCUGCCUCAUUCAGUGGAUAGUAAGAAUGGAAAAGCACGUUUCAACACAGACACUCAAACACUGGAAGUUACCUUAACUAUGAAGAGAGAGUUUGAUUUCAUUAACUUUGCUUGAGCCAAGUAAUGAGGAUUAGGAAUUGUCAGUGGGUACUUUGUGUAUUCAAGCACACAUGCUCAGAUUGCUGUCUGUCUACAUUUAACAUUUUGGUUUUAAAGAGGCAGUUUUAUGUUUAUUCUCCAUUCUGGAAGUAAAAUAGGAUUAAAGGAAUUCAAUUACCAUUUUAGCUUUGUGCGAUUAAAUCAUAACCUGUAGAAGUAAUACAAAUGUAAAAUUUCACACUUCUCCAGAUGUUUCUGCUGAUGAAUGAUUUGAUUGGUGUUCAAAGGAUUCCUGUGGGCAUUUUUGUUUAGGGAAUUUUUUUUUAAACCACAAGUACUUCUGGCUUGUGACAGUAAUGCUCCACUGUAGUAUUACAGAAAAUUUUUAUUGCUUGCUUUGUGAAAAUGUGAAACAGUUUAAUAAAUGCUGAUGUUUAAAUGAUA